ACACAGCCUUGUUGGAUAAGCUUAUUGUUAAUGGAUCGCUUCAACGUCAACAGUCAGAUUGAGCACUUACAAUCUAAAUACGUUGGUACUGGACAUGCCGACACAAUCAAGCAUGAAUGGUUGACCAACCAGCAGCGAGACAGUUAUGCAUCCUACGUUGGCCAUAACUCUCUUUUGUCUUUCUUUUCUGUUGCUGAGAAUGAAUGCAAGGCACGCGUGAAGAUGAACAUUAUGGAGAAAAUGGUUCGUCCUUGCGGUGUCCCUCCCGUAAGAGAAGAGCAGUAAUAAGAACCACUUUAUUACUAUCGAUCAUCCAACCCCCCCUUUGAGGAUUUCUAUCAAUCUCAAUGAAAGAAAGCAUAACCUACGCCAGAACUACAAAAACAAAAAUCAAAUGAUAAAAGACAUGUGUAUAUG